AUGGACAUUGCAUUAUUCUACGCAGUUCCAUCAUUGUUACGGAUAUUUUUUGAUGGAGUCGUUCUAUUUCAAUGCUACAGUCCAUCGUCAAUGAUGGACAUGCCACUCUAUGAAAGGAGAUGUGCAAUAAGUGUGCCGUCACAGAAUCAAAGGUGCUCCCUUACUGCUGACUACGAAACAUCCCUUGAUGUUCGACAAAAUAUGACUCUUGUCAUGUCCAUAUCAGCAGCAACGUCUGAGCAUUUCACCAAGAAGCGGCAGUCGUAUGUCAAGCGAAAGACAGCGAUGGUAAUGCGUUCAAUAAUCAUAUCGGUGCUGAACCUGGUUCUCAACCUCCCAUCCCAUAUUCUCCGUGCGUGGCUCACUUUCGACGAUGAUGGGAUUGAUCAAAAGACAUUAGCAGUUCUGGAGCCAAUCUCACAAAUCUUGUACUUUUCGCAAUUCAUGUGCAAUGCUUUCUACCUAAGCACGAGCAUUUACGAAACGAGCGGUACUCCUCGCAGCACUGUUGUUGUUAAUAAUGGACGACACAUAUCUCGCUGUGUUUCGAAGGAUGAGGAUUCAUAG